AUGAACCUGAUUCAAUUUGGAAAUAAAUGCGCAAUCUUUUGCGAGGCAUUGGAGGUUCUCAAUGACGUUCAUAUUCUCUUUCUGUAUCAGACGUUCCAGGUGCAGUCUGUUUUUUAUGGUGACCAAAGUACGCUACAAACUCUUAAUCUCCUUUCGCGUGUGACUCAAAGUGACAGAUGGGCAGGUCUUAAAACGUGGCGCCGGCUCAACGACGCAGCCUGUGCUCUACUUGCCGCUGGACUCCACGAGAGCAUCCAAGAAGCGCGCGAUGUUCCCUUCUUUCUGGUUGAACUAAGAAAACGUAUUUUUUCCCGCUUAUACAGUAUCGAUAUCAGCCUAGCGACAUUUCUCGGGCGACCACCGCGCAUGAGCAAGAAAUUUUGCUGUAUCAACUUGCCCCUUGAUAUUGACGAGAAGUGUUAUUCCCUGUCGGAGACUGCUCUCAGUAGAGAGCUGGAAGAUAUUGAUCACGCCGGCUGGAAUUCGCAGGGUCACAUCCGACCGAGCGCUGUUAUGCGAUGGUCAACGAUUACGGCAAUGAUUCGAGAAGAGACGUUGGAAUUGCUUCUGGGCAGGAAUAUAUAUGAUAUGCAACGGCGAAUAAUUGACUUGCACCAUGAACUCAACAAGGCAUGGGAGAACCUACCGUCCUUUCUGAGGGUGCCAUCUCACGAACUCUGGGAUAUCCAAAGACCGCGCAUGGAAAUGGAGUGCUUACAUAUGACCCGGAUUUUAUAUCUACAGUCUUCAUUUUUGAUCGAAUGGGCUGCAUGGCGACAUGGACUCGAACACUCAAGUUUAUUUCGCUCCGCAAUGGAACUAAUUUCCUCGGUUAACGAUGCCUUGGUCCGACGGGAACAGCUACCGAACCUUGGCUUUAUAUCUCUAGCCUGGAGAGUGGCAUCGUGCGCUCUCCCUGCCGCCGGGGCCCUUGCACUAUAUCUUCUACAGCCAUCGUCUCGAUGUCGGUUCAAGGAACUAGACCCGUCGUCUCGACGACGGGUAAUCGAGAAUCUGUCCGUUCUGAUUGUGCACAUGGAUAUUUUGCAUAGCCCCAGUGACGGUAAUUUCAAACUGUUUUCCCAGGCCAAGCGCUCUCUCCAGUCUGUUGUGGAUAUGCUAUUACAACCGCUAAAUCCACUUGGAAUGGAAACAUCGCCUACACAGCUCAAUGCCGAGAUGCCCUCCGCUGACUGGAUGGUGCCUGAUUAUUGCGCAUUCGAUGGUGAUUUCUGGGCGAAUUUCCCCGAUUGCCUCUAUACAGAGGAGAAUAGCGAUAAUGCACUUGUAUGA